CGACUGUCCUCCGUGGGGGGCAAUUAGCAGAAAUUCAUGUCACUAAUUCAGUCACUAAUCAUUGGGCCAGGAUUAGUGUCUUCUGUAGACGUGGUUUGCGGUUGUUUUCUAAAUAUGGUUAUGCGGCACCAAUUUGGCAAUGACUGUUGAGGUUACGAAACCUAAAAUGGCGGAGCAGAAUUGCAGACAUCAACCCACAUCGAGAUUGCAUUCCUUCGUAGAAUUCAUGUUGUAGCUACAGCAUCGAAACUGGACAGAGGUGUUGAUAGAUACUCAGUUUUAGGAUUCAAACAACCGAAGCCGAUCCUUCAGACUGUGCAUAUUGCUGAGAUGGAGGAUAAAGAUGGUGUGCGCCGCAGCAACAAGCGGUCCAGUUGGGCUCACACUUAUCACAAGAGUCCAGAGGAUAAAGUGAAUGAGACUGUGGGUAAAAUACAUAUCCCCUUGAAGGAGGCAGCACUUGAUCCGAAGAGUGCGAUGGCUGGAACUCCAGCCGUUCAUCCUCCUGACCGGAAAGAAAUGGGAAUGAGUGCUGAGGCCCUUGUGGAGCUUAAGAAAGUGUUCAGAGAUGCCGAAGAGGAUCAGGGGGGCGUUCUAGAUCAGGAGACCUUCUUGAGGACAUGCUUGUCCAUCGAUACGCUCACAGCUCUGAUGAGUGAAGAACAACUAAAGCAACUAUAUAUGAAAAUUGAUGCCAAUUCAAAAGGAGAAAUCGGUUUUGAUGAUUUUACCAGCUACCUUCUUUUGCAGCAGCUUGCAAAAGAAAACGAACCUGCAGCCGAACACACAACCUUCGUGAGAGUGACAACAUUUGGAAGCAAAAUGUACGGUAGAUGCGACUAUGAAGAUUCCGAAUCUGCCCCAUCUGAUGAGGAAGAAAGAACAGCAGAUGAUGAACUGUGGUUCAAUCCUGAACCCGUAAAGAAGGAAUACAAUGAUAAAAUUGGGCUACCCAGGAACAUCAUAGAAAAGAUCAUGCUUUUAGGAUCUUUGAAUGUCUACGUUUCAUCCUCCCAAGAAGGGAUGCUCAAAAUUUGGAGUGCUGACAAUUUGAAACCCUUGCGUACUAUUACGAACGGUAGUGGUGCCUGGAUUACCGACAUGGUUGUAAUGGCACAACAACCAAUGGCAGUAUUUGCUCUAGAUAGGAGACGAGUGCUAUUUCGGUCUGCAGAAGGAAGGAUGUCGUUUGACUGCUUAGGCCGCAUUACAGCUUUGGAGAAUGCACCUAUGUGUGCCACUUGGUUGAGGGUCGCUGAGAAUGAUAAACUCCUCUUUGGAGAUGAACUAGGAAUUUUGCAUACAUAUACAUUUAAUGAUGAAUGGGGCGGAGAGCGACCAAGAGAAGUCUUUGGAGUAUCUGACAAAAAAUUGCCUCCGGGAAUGUCCGAAAACACACCAUGGAUGUUGCAUAAUGAUUGGAUGACUUCAAUCAAAUACCUGUCGCAUUCUAAUUCACUAAUUACCACUGGCAUGGAUAGUCAAUUGCUUAUGCUUGACUUUGAGAAACGGCAAAUAAAAUGGUCGGGAAACGAGCAUGCUAAUGGAAUAUACGCAUGCGACUAUUGCAGAAGCUACAACUUCAUCGUCACUUGUGGUUUGGAACGUUACAUCAAUAUCUGGAACCCAUUUACAGCGAAGACAAUGGGAUAUCUUCAUGGACAUGAAGCCUCUGUGAUGGACGUCCAAGUCAAUGAAAUAGACAACCAAAUUGUGAGCAUGUCUACCGACAGCCAAAUCAAGGUGUGGGAUAUGCGAAGCAGCCGCUGCUUGGAGACUAUAAUUGAGAAUACACAACGGGAGCCUACACGCGCCACCAUAUACUACGACAGCCAAAAAGAGGUUUUGCUGGCCGGAGGUGAUAUGCUUGAGAUGUGGCAUAAACGACGAGCACGAGAAGCACGGACAGCAGAGAUUGCUGCAAUGAUUUACAAUCCUCUGUUUCGUCAGGUUGUGGUUGGAGAAGUUGACUCACUUGUUAUGGUAUGGGAUCUGGACACGGGUGAAGACAUCUUCACAUUCUCUGACACUCACAGGAAAUCAAAAAUUACAUGUAUGGCAUUCGACCAUUCACUGCGGAGGCUGCUCAUUGGAGCCCAGGAUGGUAGUUUGCGUUUUUGGAACUUCAACAAUGGCCAGGUCCUAAAAGAGUUCGUCGGCUUUGGACAGGGUGCAGAGAUAACUUGUUGCUUAUGCAUGAAUGUUUCUCGUCUUAAUUACGUGGCUGCAGGAGGUUGGAAUAAGAAGGUAUGCUUGUGGUCGGAUACUGUUUGGGUUGCUACAGAGAAUAUUGAAAAGAAUAUGAGAGGUCAUGUUGAUGACGUUACAUGCGUAUGCUUCUGUGCGCCCAGCACCUUCGUUACCGGUGGCUGCGACAGCAAGGUGAUAGUAUGGAAGAUGGAUGGAGUAAUCAUGCGGAUACUGAAACCCAGUGAUCAUGAGCAAACGGAGCAUGAUUAUAAAGUCAUCCGUGGCAUAAUCUUCCUCAAAGAUUUGGUUAGAACAAUCGUGGUCUCAGUGGCAGAUGGUUGGCUACGAUUCUGGCGUUUGCAAGAUGGAGAGCUGGUACACGAACUUUUUGCAGACAAUAAUGGAGGAACUGGGCCAAUUGCAGCAGAUUUGAAAUGCACUAUGCUGUUUUCUGCGGAUGCAAAGGGCUAUGUAAAGGUAUGGGAUUUGACUCAUUGUCACUUUGCGAGGAAGGACAUCGAGCCUACGAAAACCCCACUGCUUUUCGACUUUCGAGCGCACCAUGAACCCAUCGUCAGUUUGUGCUUUGUAGACAACGAUAAUCUGAUUCUGACUUGCUCAAAAUAUGGUACAGUUCGGCUAUGGAAUUCAGUAGGAGCUCGAAUCGGUCAAUUUGGACAGCAUAGUCUCUGGAACGUGAAGUUUCCAACCACGUGGAAGACGCGGGAGCCUUCAUAUCUAAUCCAGCCUUUGAUAAGACAGGAUCCAGAUGGAGUGUUUUCAACUGCUCGCACUCCAGUUCGGACCACCAAUCGUGAAUUCCGAUUGAGCAUCACUAAAGCCACUUCGAGUUACACCGAAGAAGACGAAACAUCGGAGUCUCGUGAUGAGGCAGAAAUUCUCUCGAAAGUUCAGGAGGAGGAAAAACUUAAAAGGCUGUAUGAGGCGAAGAAGAAAGCGGUUUUGGACCCUGGACCCCCGCACUUGAGGCUAGAGAGCUGGUAUACGCCACUGCUGAAUGCCUACGAACGACAACUUGCCAUCAAGAAGCUAUCUCCCCUACUGCCACUAUUACCUGAAGGCCUGUCCGAAAUUGCAAAAGAGAAGGCCCAUAUCGUUGCGGCUGAGCGAAGUGCGUCGCCAUUGAGCGUCACAAGCACCAGGAGCAAGAAGAAGAAAGGUCGAUCCACUCCUGCUGCGCCUCAUAGUAAGCAUGAGCUUCCAAUUGACCCAGACCAAAGAUCACUCUUCCAGUAGCAUCAACAAUCAAGACGGUCUGUGCAUUUUCAAGGAAGCUUUCUUUUGUAACGAAUUAGGUUGCGUGGUUUCCCUCCGCGGUUUGCUGCUCUUCUGAUGCAGCAUCCAUUUCAUCAAACGUAAUUUAUUGAAGCUAGAGCAGAGUCUUCCAUCAUGAAUUUACACUCUAGUUUAAUCAACACUUAAAGCUACUGAGCAGUCUUGAUCAAAAGCCACUAAACAGUAGCAGUACAUAAGCCUAAUUUUUUGCAUUCUUCACUCCUAUCAAACGGGUUUCGAUUGAAUCACUUUGUGCAAAACACUUUUGCUGAACAUGUAGACACAAAAUUCUUUAAAUUCAAAAUGAGUAUUAGCUUGCUAAGCCUGAAGAAGAAGUCAAUAUUCUAAAAGGCUGCAUAUACACAUUCA